AUGACCAACGUCCAAGCCGGCGCCUAUUCAGACUUCUUCGAGGCCGCAUCCGUCUAUAGCGGCGUGCCCAACGGCGACGCAGGACCUGCCGGGAUGGGCCAACUUGUGCGCCAACCGGCAGCUGACCAAGACGACGACGCAGUGGCGCGAACUGGCGUGCUCCUCAAGCAACAAUUCGACGUGCUCAAGCGCACGAAGCACGCGUACAAGACCAACGCGCCGCAGAGCGGCUACACGCAGACCAUCUACAGUGACCGCAUGACUGGAACGGCGCAACUGGUCGGGUACAGCGCCGUGGGCGUGGGGCACACGGUGUCGCAGCAUCCGGAUAAGGAUAUUGUGUUCUUUGGCAUCACAUAG